UACUAGACUGGAUGGAUGGACACACCGUACAUACAGGUUGUAUGGCAAUGAGGCAGAGCUGCAAGACACAACAGUUUUAGUUAUCGAGUUUGUGUUUGGUAGAGCCAAAGUAGACAAAGAACUCAACUGUCAACAGUAUGAGACCUUUGAGGAGGCCCAUAAGAUACAGAGUGACAGUGUAGGUGGUGAGACUGAGUCCGCUUUAGCAGCCAUUGUGGGCAGGGAAAUGGCUGCAAUAGGAGACCAAAUUGACUAUCAGUACCAGGACGCCAUACGAAAGCUAGCGAAGAAGUCUGGGCUACCUGAACAAGCAUUCAACAUUUUUAAUAAUGUUGUUAAAAGCAUGUUUUCGGAUCAGCAAGGAGGAGUUAAAAUCACUUUCGGGCGAAUAAUAGCUAUUUUGAGAUACUGUUACGAGCUGUGCAAGCACCUCGCCUUGCAAAAUGUGCCAUCUGCCCGUCUCGCCUCGUUUGUUUCCACAGUUGCAACGUGGCUCUUUAAGUCCUUCAUCGAGGCAAGAUUGUACGAUUGGCUUGGGAACGUAGGAGGAUGGAGUAAACUGGUGGCUAUUUCUGGAAAGAACAUGUUCCUCUUCAUUGGACUUGGCUUUUUAGCUAUAUGGGCGCUCGCUUAUUUUAGAGGAAAAUAGCUUAUUUUGUGUGUUAUGUACUUGCUUCCAUUAUUGUUGUGAACAUAAUUUUUUUGCUGAAAGAA